AUGUCGGCUAAGAUCCAGACACCUUUUGGCACGGCUCUGCCUCCUGCCCCCCACCAUGCUAUCACCGUCCAUAUGCCGGCAUGGCAGACGAUCACGCGCUUCAGAGAUCAAGAUAUGGAGCUGAUUCAAUCUCUGAAGAACAUGUAUCCGCGCUUUGUCCUUCACAAAGAUGUCAAAGCGCUUACGCAGAAGAUCGUCGAGUACGCGAGCGUUGAGGAGCAGGGAUGUCUAUUGUUUCCCUCCAUGCAGGCGGCGAGAAACUGUGUCGAGUUCGCGACAUCGCCGGGACGCGGAGAGAGGACAGUCUCCAGUGACCAAAUAACUAUACUAAUCCUCAACGCGAAUGACAUCAAUCUGUACGCCGUCUUCUUCCCCGCGGCGUCGAUGGGCGUUCUGCACGGUUUCUGGCUCAAUGCAGGAGUGGGCAUUUCUUCACGCUUGGCCGAAGAGUGCCUCAAGCAUCUGGGCACGCUGCGCAAAGUCUCUCCCGACGAUAUUCAACCGACGAUGACAAGGGACAGCCCUGCACACGUCCAGGUGAAGAUGCGGAUUGCAGAAUUACUAAAGCACGCGCCGGCUGACCGGCAAAGAAAAACGGUAGUGUCACCGGAUGACGUCUAUCUUUACCAGACUGGAAUGUCAGCAAUCUACUGGGUUCACCAGUACCUGUUGCGUAAACACGGUUCAUCUUCAGUCUUGUUUGGGUUCGCCUUUCACUCGACAAUCCACGUCUUGCAGGACUUUGGACCUGGCGCAGAAUUUCUAGGUCUUGGUACUAGGGAAGAAUUCGAUGAGCUCGAACGUCAUCUUUUGUCGCACGCGGAGCGGGGAAAGAAAAUCCAGGCCAUAUGGGCGGAAUUCCCUUCGAAUCCGUUGCUCGUCGCGCCAGACCUAACACGGCUCAGGAGGCUGGCUGAUCAAUACGGAACCGUCCUCGUGAUCGACGACACCAUCGGAAGUUUCUGCAACGUCGACGUUCUUUCGGUUGCUGAUAUUGUGGUGACUUCCUUGACGAAAUCGUUUAGUGGCUACGCAGAUGUGAUGGCCGCCAGUGCAGUGUUGAGCCCGCUGUCCGCGAGAUAUGGGGAGCUCAAGAAGCUGGUUGACGAUCUCUAUCAUAACGAUUUCUACCCGGGCGACGCGGAGAUCUUGGAACACAACAGUCGAGACUAUCUGCGUCGGUCAGCAAUAUUGAACAACAACGCACAGCGGUUGGUCGAAUAUCUCCAGAGCCAGGCAUUGGAUCCAUCCAGCCCGGUCAAACGAGUCUUCUACCCGACAGUCAGCGACUCGCUGGCGAAUUAUCGAUCAUACAUGCGCCAGACAACGGAAGACUUCACACCUGGAUACGGAUGCUUGUUCAGCGUCGAGUUCGACGGUCUAGAUGCGGCGAUUGCAUUCUACGACAAUCUGAACGUCCAUCAAGGACCACAUCUCGGAGCUCAUCUGACGCUCGCUAUCCCUUAUUGUAUGGGUGUGUACGGGAAAGAGUUGGAGUGGGCGGCCAAGUAUAAUCUUCAACCAACGCAGAUUCGAAUCUCGGUUGGCUUGGAGGAUACGCAGACAUUGCUGGAGGAUUUCAAGAUUGCGGUUCAAGCGGCGAGGUGUGGAGGUGUUCAGAACUGA